UUGUCCCCUUGCGUAUACCGUAGAACUCAUAACAAACAACAUGGUGCUGGAAAAGAAAGUCUCCGCCCGUGUAGAGUCCCAGAGGCGGGUUCUAGACGAAGCCACCAGACAGCGGAGGCUGAGUCGCCAGUUGGAUGCGCUAGAAAAGGAUAAUUUCCAGGACGACCCGCUGUCCUCCCUGCCUCCCCAGGGUCCUACUGCCCGGCUCCCGGCCUUCAGCGACACAGAGGACACUGGCAAGAAGAGGAGGAAGACGAGGGGAGAUCACUUCAAACAGAGAUUCAGGAAGAACUUCACUACUCUGCUAGAAGAGGAGGUACCUAAUCUAUCUGAGAGGGCGGAGCCAAACUACCUGUCGGCAGCGGCUCCUCCCUCGUCCCUCCCCCCCCGCUCCUUCUGCUCCGCCUGUGGCUUCCCGUCCCACUACACCUGCAGCUCCUGUGGAGGGCGAUACUGCUGCACACGCUGCCUGCUCACACACAGAGAGACCAGAUGUUUGAAGUGGACUCUGUAAGGCGGUCUCCGUGGCAACAGAGACGCUGGGGUGUGGAGGAGGAUUGAAGCUGAUAUAAGUACUGCUUGUUGCCUUGGUUACGGCAGGGGAAAAAAAACGACAGUCUGAACGCCAAGGCAACCAAUCGGAUUCAACCAUGUGUUUUAAUCAAUAAAUAUGCUCAUAAUAACACUA